UUUUAUAGUAAAAGCCUCUAAAACCUCUUGCUCUGAAUUGUGAAACCAGAAACCAUGGGAAACCGUUUCCCCUGCCUCCGUCCCUCCGCCGUUAACGACCAACGGAACUCGCCGCCGAGCUCCUCCCCUUAUCGGAGGCGGAGGCGCAAACCCAACCCGAAUCCGCAUCCGUUAUCCCAGGAUCCGCCAACCUCCUCCUCCUCCUCCUCCUCUCACUCUGUCCACGUACUUAAGGGCCUCUCUCUCUACAACGCCGCCGCCCGCCUCACCGACGACUACCUCCUCGGCGCCGAGCUCGGCCGAGGAGAGUUCGGCGUCACCUACCUCUGCACUCACCGCACCUCCCGCGAGCUCCUCGCCUGCAAGUCCAUCCCCAAGCGCAAGCUCCGCACCGCCAUCGACGUCCAGGACGUCCGCCGUGAGGUCGCCAUCAUGGCCGUCCUCCCCUCCCACCCAAACCUUGUCCGCCUCCGCGCCGCUUUCGAGGACUCCGACGCCGUCCACCUCGUCAUGGAGCUCUGCGAGGGUGGCGAACUCUUCGACCGUAUCGUCGCCCGUGGCCAUUAUAGCGAACGCGCUGCCGUCGAGGUCGCCCGCACCAUCGCCGAGGUCGUCCGCACCUGCCACCACUAUGGCGUCAUCCACCGCGACCUCAAACCGGAGAACUUCUUGUACGCUAACAAGAAGGAGAAUUCCCGGUUAAAAGCUAUCGACUUUGGGCUCUCCGUCUUCUUCCGCCCCGGGGAGAGCUUCUCGGAGAUCGUCGGCAGCCCGUACUAUAUGGCGCCGGAGGUUCUCAAAAGGAGCUAUGGUCCGGAGAUUGAUAUUUGGAGCGCUGGGGUUAUACUCUAUAUAUUGCUGAGUGGCGUGCCACCGUUUUGGGCUGAGACGGAGCAGGGGGUGGCUCAGGCGAUACUCCGGGGAAGGAUAGACUUCGAAAAAGACCCGUGGCCCCAUGUUUCCGAGAGCGCCAAGAGCUUGGUCCAGCAGAUGCUGGAGCCUAAUCCGAAGCUGCGGUUGACUGCUGAACAGGUGCUUGAACAUCCAUGGUUACAGAAUGAGAAGAAAGCUCCAAAUGUUCCUCUGGGAGAUGUUGUGAGGGCAAGGCUCAAACAAUUUUCAAUGAUGAAUAGAUUAAAAAAGAAGGCAAUGAGGGUGAUUGCAGAUCACUUAAUGAUCGAUGAAGUGGAGGUAAUCAGAGAAAUGUUCAAAUCAAUGGAUUCUGACGAUGAUGGAAAGGUAACUUUCGAAGAAUUGAAAGCUGGACUUCAGAAGGUUGGUUCCCAGCUGACUGAAAUAGAAAUGAAGAUGUUGAUGGAAGCAGCUGAUGUUGAUGGAAAUGGCAUACUGGAUUACGGAGAGUUUGUUGCUAUCACCAUUCACUUGCAAAAGAUGGAAAACGAUGAGCAUCUUCGUAAAGCUUUCAUGUUUUUCGAUAAAAAUGGAAGCGGAUUUAUUGAAAUCGAUGAGUUACGAGAAGCCUUAAGAGACAAUACUGGUCAUAUAGACCCCGAAGUGCUUAACGACAUUGUGAAAGAAGUAGAUGCAGAUAAGGAUGGGCUUAUUAGCUAUGAGGACUUCGUCGGAAUGAUGAAGGCUGGCACUGAUUGGAGGAAAGCCUCUCGACAAUAUUCUCGAGAGAGGUUUAACAGUUUAAGCAUCAACCUUAUGAAGGAUGGCUCACUGUUGAUGGGUAAUGAAGCUCAACUGAAGAAGUAGUUUUUACAGUUUGUGUUUUUGAGUGAAUGAAAGAUGAAUACAUAGUUGUUUUGGUUGCAUGCUCUUGCUUGAAAGUAAUCUUUGUGAGAGGUGCUUGUUUUGUAUUAAUUAUUAAUGUAUAGUAAUUCAUUUUUAUUUUUAUUUUUA